ACAUACAGAUCGCUAAAGCAAUGAUUUUAAUACGUUUGUAUUGUAAAGUAAUUAGAACAUAGCAAUGCGACAUCUGGUAUAAACAGAUAGCAUCGAACGCGAUAGUGUUUAUCAUUGAACUGCUCUUCAUAUCUCUGCGUCGGGGCAUCUGACAUUCAUCCCAUUAAAGAAUGUAUAGGUACAUUGUGAUCUAUAUACUGACGUUAGACUUGUUAAGUCAACAAAAAUCUAGCUCGAUUUGUUUUUGUUUAGUUUUUUUCGUAAUAUGUAUAUUAUAUUCGAAAUACUUAAUGCGAGUUUGAAAAGAAACCAAAAACUUUUCAUUUCACCUAUCGGUGAAAUAACACACAGGAACGUAUUUCCCCUUUAGAUCGUUUCAGUUAUUUGUGCAAAGGCAGCGUAACGCAUAGUUGUAAAUUUCGCUUAUUGCGAUUACGGACAUUUUGUUAUCGUGGAUAUCUAGAUAUUGUGAACACGUUGGCUUGAGUUCAUUCCUUUUAUCGUUAAAUAAAUUUCGUAUUCAAUAAAUGAAUUGAAGAACGCCAAUUGUCUACAUUUUUAUAUGAAUUCCAUCCGUGUUUAAAAAAAGUAUAUUUGCUUUAGGUUGAACAAAAUCGAGGAAGAAAUUAGUUGUAAAUCACGUAAAGAAGAUACACACCUCUGACAAGGACAUUAUUUCAACGUUUGUAUGGUGCAGGUGUUUGAUUUCUGUAUGAACGAUAGGUGUGUCGCUGUUAUCAGACUCCUCGUGUUACCCGUGCGUUGGGUUUCGUGAUGACUCCGUUAUGAAAUUCUGAUAAACAUUUUAUAAUUGAUAAGAGGAAGGUGGAGGAAUUGACCAUAUUUAAACUUUUAAAUUAAAAACAAGACGUAAUCGUGUGAUUUAUACCAUAACUAACAUUCGCGUUAAUAUACUAAAAUAUAACAUGUAUUCAUUUCGGUUGAGGAUCAGUCUGCUGAUAUUAAUGGUGUUUGUUUGUAAUGGAAUAAUAGCAGAAAAUACAACAACAACUUCACCAACGUCUUCGCCAAUCACAACAACAGGCACAGCAACAUCUUCCUUCACUACAACCACUACAACGACACCCACAACGCAAACUUCAACAGCAACAUUUAAUUAUACAGAAAAAUCUAGCACUUCAAUACAAGAGAACAGCACAAGCGGUAUUUCCACAAGCUCCAGUAGCAGUUAUAGCAGCACGACAGAUGGGUUGAGCACAAAUCCAAGUGCAUCAGAGUCAUCCUCCGCUUAUACAGCCUCCAUCACAAUUGAAACCGCAUCCGCUGCAGUUAAUACAACAGUAUCCACCAUCACUGCAGCCAUCGACUUAUCGACAACUGAUCCAACCUCCCUCACAACGAAUAUACCGACGUUGUCUGGUACCACCUCACCAACUGUGAACGGAACGCCAACCUCCAGUAGUAUAACCUCAUCACCAAGCGAUACAUCAUCGUCGGAUAACUUAAUCACCACAACACUUGAAAUCAGUCCAACGUCUAUGGCGUCAACACAAGCACCGGUGGACAACAGUACCAGCAGCACCUUUUCUACAUACGCUGUAACCUCUACGUCAACCAUUAUCCCAAGCACCGAUCAACCCUCCUCAACCUCUCCCUCCUCAGGUUCUACGACAACAUCUACGCCAGCAUCUAGCCCAUCGCCGCCCAUCAAUUCUGCGUCUUCAUCGGUCGCCGCUUCACAAAUGACCACCUCAGCAACGUCUUCGUCCCAACCAGGCACCACUGAUACUGGUUCUACGACAGCAUCUACGCCAGCUUAUAGCCCAUCGCCGUCCAUCACUUCUUCGUCUUCAUCGGUCGCAACUUCACAAAUGGCCACCUCAGCAACGUCUUCGCCCGAACCAAGCACCAUUGAUACUGUGAGCUCCACUUCUGCCUCACCGGCCACGUCAACCUCUUCAAUUCAAACAUCGCCGAUAGAGACGGCAUCAACAACCACCGGCACGGCAGCUAAUGUGUCCUCGACGAACUUACCAUCAAUAUCUUUGUCAACCAUACCAAUAACUUCCACAACUACAACAACACUGCCUCCAACAUUGUCUCCUAAUGUUACAAUGCAAACAUCACCGAUAGAGACGACAUCAACAACCACCGGCACGGCAGCUAAUGUGUCCUCGACAAACUUACCAUCAAUAUCUUUGUCAACCAUACCAAUCAAUUCCACAACUACAACAUCACUGCCUCCAACAGUGUCUCCUAAUGUUACAACACCAACUCCAACGACAGACAUUAACGAAUGCGCGAGUAAUCCGUGUAAAAAUGGGUCCACGUGCAAUGACCGCAUUAACAACUACACAUGCACGUGUGCGCCGGGCUUGGCGGGGCAAAACUGUGAUCAGGAUAUAAACGAAUGUGCAAGUAGUCCAUGUCAACAUGGAGCAACGUGCCAGGAUCAAACGAACGGCUUCACGUGUUCCUGCGUGGCGGGAUACACUGGAGUCCGUUGCGAAACGAAUGUUAACGAAUGCGCAAGCAAUCCAUGCAAAAAUGGAGGCGCGUGCAGCGACAGAGUGAACAACUACACGUGCACGUGUGCACCGGGCUGGGCUGGAGGGAACUGUGAUAUCAACAUUGACGAAUGCCUCUCUAAUCCGUGUCAAAAUGGGUCCACGUGCAAUGACGGCGUCAACAACUACACAUGCACGUGUGCGCCGGGCUAUGAGGGAAGGAACUGUAAUAUAAAUAUUAAUGAAUGUGAAAGAAAAACACACGCUUGCCAUAAAUAUGCAGACUGUACUGACACCGUUGGAAAUUACAGUUGCUCCUGCAGACAUGGCUUUUUAGGAGACGGUUUUAAAUGCGAAGAUAUAAAUGAAUGUGCCACAAAUGGGACUUGUGGUAAUGGAGAUUGUUUCAACGUUCCUGGCACAUAUCGCUGUUUCUGCCGCCCUGGAUGGACUGGAAACAAUUGUACACAAGACAUCGACGAGUGCUCUACAACCAAGCCAUGUAGUAAAGAUGCGAAUUGUAGCAACACAGAAGGCAAUUACACCUGUCAAUGUCUAGACGGCUACCGGGGUGACGGACACGAAUGCGUCUUUGAGGUUCUUAUUACCGUGACAUCUUCACCUCCAAAACGAUAUGGGGAUGACAACGUAUAUGGCCCAUUUACCAUAAAUGGUGGCUUAGCCUACUUUGGCCAAUUCUACGACACAUUUUACGUGAGUGUUAAUGGGUACCUCACACUUGGACGAUCACACAGCAGCACCUAUCCGCCUUCCACUUCCGGGAGCUGGCCUCGCAUGCCAGUGAUUGCGCCUCUAUGGGCGGAUAUUCAGAUGGGUCCUGACCAAAACUUAGACUCUUUCAUUGAAAUAUCCGACAAUAUUACAGACACGUCUGUUUUGAAAGCAAUUUCGGUCGCCAUGAAAAUCAGCUCAAAUUUUACCAAGGCAAUAGCUGUUACCUGGAGAGGAGCAGUACCAUAUCCAUACAGUCGCAACUUCAAACACGAGACGGCGGUUUUUCAAGUGAUUGUUGCCACUGACAAUGAACAAACGUUUAUGGUGUUUAACUACGAUCAGAAGUUAUUUAAUUGGACGAAAGGCUUUGCAAGAUAUGUUGCCAUUGGUUACUCAACGGAGGACUUGUCAAGAGGAGAUGUCAGGUUUACUACAGAAACCUUCACAAACAUAAAUAAUCAAUCCAACAUAGGAGUGAACGGACGAUGGCUGUUUAAUGUGACUUCCAGUACGGCGGAUUCCAAACUGAAAUGUUACAAUGCAAUUCAAAGCAUUCAUAUUAAAGCACUGGAUUCCUUACGAUUACAAGCGGAACCGUGCCCGUGCAGAUAUGAACAAGCUAUCCGAGAUAGGCGUUUCCGAUAUCUGACGUAUGACGGUAUGUACAAAUUUGAAUCCAGAUUCCAGCAAAUAAUUUCUGGUAAUACUGUACGUCAGCGAUGUCAUUACAGCAGCUUCGGCAGUUUGAUUAUCGGGUACAGUGAUGGCGGGUAUUUGGACAUUCCAAACAAUGCCGAUUUCGAAGCUUUGUACACAGCAUGUUGUUCAAACUCCCUUGCGAGCUGCCAAAACUUGUUCUACAACGUGCAUCCUUCAGACACCUGUAUUAGAUACAGACCACCAACUCCAGCAUCCGCGUGGGGAGACCCUCACAUAAAGACGCUGGAUGGGGCCGAGUACACUUUUAAUGGAAGGGGUGAAUAUAUUCUGGUGAAGUCUCAAGAUUCUUUCGAGGUUCAAGUAAGAACAGACAACAUCAAUAACAACACAGACGCGUCCAUAUUUGUAGGACUUGCACUGCGGAACGGCACUGAUGGCGACAGUAUGAUAAUUGUACUGAACACAACAAAUAAGCACGCUGAUAUUUUCAUCAAUGGAAAGCACAAUUCUACAUUUAGCGCGGCAAAUGUACUAAAUAUUUCUGCGAAGGGAUUCGAAAUUCAUUCAGACGUUAACAAUACUGGGACACUUUAUAUCGAUUUGGAAUCUCAACUUUCUUUAAAGGUUACAAUCAGUGACAUUUUAGAUAUUGUUGUAACUAUGCCUACAAGUAACAAUACACAAGGGUUGCUAGGAAAUAACGACGGAAGUAAAGAAAACGAUUACGUGCUAAGAGAUGGACGACAACUUCUUCUUAAUGCAACAGAACAGGAUCUGUAUCAGUUUGGGACAUCAUGGAACAUCAAUGCAUCUGAAUCGCUGUUCAACGCAACAUACGGCGGAUCUAAAACGUUUGAUUUUUACAACAACAAUUCAAUUAAACCUGUACAUUUCAUCAGUGAUUCGCUGAAUAACGAAAGCAAAAUGGAGAAAUACUUUGAUAAGUGUUCCGGUAAAAUAAACUAUACAGAAGCUAAAUAUAUUUGUAAAAACAACUCGGCUUGUCUAGUUGACACUGCAGCCUCGUGCGAUGGAAGUUUUGGAAAUAACACUCUGAACACAGACGUUGUUGAAACGAAAGCAGCACAACAAUUACAAAAUAAUCCUCCGUUUAUAGAAAUUGUGGGAAACAAUGGCAGCAAUAUUGUGUUCAUUACUAAUGGAAAAGACCUCGAGAUAACGGUAAAUGUGACAGAUGAUAAAGAUUCUGGUGUUCAUGCAACGCUGAUCUCUAACGGCACGUUUGAAUCAGGGUCGAACCCAUUUAAAAUGACAAAGGAAUUCGUGAAGAUACUAAGAGAUCAAACCAUGUACUUGAAUUUCAAUGCCUCGGACAGCAUGGGAGCUUAUACGGAGCUGCAGACAAUUAUUUAUUACUGUGGAUGCAAUGAUUCUCUCCAAUGUAACUAUGACUUCAUUCUUGAAGAUGGGAAGGUAUCAGAAAAAUUUUACCGGGCAAAAUGCAACUGUCCAGAUGAUGUCACCGACCAGUAUUGUGACGAAAGAUUUUCUAAGUGCGAAAUGUGUUACAACAACGUUUCUUGUACGAACGGAACGUGCGGUUCUUGUCCGGACGGACUAUCUGGCGAUGGGAUAAAAUGCAAUGAUGUUAACGAAUGCAACGACGAUGUUAAAAAGUGUUCUCAAAAGUGUGAAAACACGCUCGGCUCCUACAAGUGUUCGUGUUUUAAUGGAUACCAAUACAAGAAUGAUACCAUUUGCGAAGACAUCAAUGAAUGCAUUCUUCAAAUGGACAACUGUUUAGCAAGCCAAGUAUGCAUAAAUACUGAUGGCUCGUUUAAGUGCGAAUGCAGGCCCGGAUACAUGAAUAUCAAUGGCAUGUGUUCCGAAGGUACCGUAAUAUCAUAUUUAGAUUUUCUGUCUAAUAUACACUUCAACAUGCGUUUCCCAUUCAGCCUGAGUGUGAACCUUUCUACUAGUCAUACUAGUUAAUAGAAUGUUAUUUCAUAUAUAAUAUCAAUUACGGAA